AUGGAGUUGAAGAGUGUACUGUGGAGUUGUGCUGGCACAACAUCAGCCAGGGAAUUUGAGAGAGGGAUGGACCAUCUUAAGAGUUUGAAUGAAGAAGCUUGGCAGUACCUGGCUGAUAUAGAGCCUGCACAGUGGACUAGAUCCUACUUUUCUUCAAGAGCUUUGACAGAUUGUAUGGUAAACAAUCUGAGUGAGAGUUUUAACUCUAUGAUUCUGAAGGCUAGAGACAAGCCCAUCUUAUCAAUGCUGGAGUGGAUCAGAGUUAGGCUUAUGAGCAGGCUGUAUAAAAAGAAGGUUGGCAUAGAAAAGUAUGAUGUUCCUUCUGGGAGGUUUGUGUAUGAGGUUGACAAUGGGAGGGAAAGGCAUGUGGUGGACUUGGUAAAUAGGACAUGUAGUUGUAGAAUAUGGGACUUGACAGGAAUCCCUUGCAAGCAUGGAGUUGCAGCCAUUUUUGUGAAUCGUGAGAAACUAGAAGACUACACCCAUCCAUGCUACUACAAGGAUGCUUAUGUGGAGACAUACAAGACACCCAUACCUCCCAUGCCUGGCCAGUCUGAGUGGAUGUCAAGUGGCCAACCCAAGCCUGUUGCAUCUAUUGUCUAUAAGCCACCAGGCAGGCCACCCAUGAAGAGGAAGAGAGAUGCUGAUGAGCCCAACCCUUAUAAGGUGUCUAGAGGAAACAGGCCAGUGAGGUGUGGAAGGUGUCAACAGGAAGGGCACAAUGCAAGGGGAUGCAAGGCCAAUGUCACUGGUGAGACAGCAUGGGAGAGGAGGCAGAGAUUGCAGAAAGGGAAAUUUGGAAGUGGAAGGCCUUCUACACAGAGGCAAGGAUCCCAGGCCCCAUCUUCAUCACAGACCCAAUCCUCAGCUUAG